UGAGUGUGUGUGAACCAGCCCGGUCGGAGACGUGGUCGUGAUCCGGGAUGAACUCCGCUCUGCUGUUCUGGGUCCUGCCUCUGGCCGUCGUGGUCCUGGGCCUGCCUGACGACCUCCGCGACAUGGGCUGGGUGAACGAAUUCCGGCAGGGCUUCAACUUCCAGUGCCCCCACGGAGAGCUGCUGGUGGCGCUGCGGAGCUACUUCAGCCAGGCCGAGGGCUCCGACCGGCUGUGGAGCUUCGAGUGCCAGCCAGCACCCUGGGGACUGGGGGAACCCUCCGACUGCUGGUGGGACGACCUGAACCGUGCCGGGAUGGAGUGGUCAUCCACCUGCUCCGCUAACGGGCUGGUCGCGGGCGUCGAGAGCAAGUACUUUGAAGCUGUUCUGGACCGAGAGUGGAGGUUCUACUGCUGUCGCUACGGGCGACGCUGCCCCUACUCCUGCUGGAAGACCAUCGACGUGCCUCAGUACCUGACGGAGGAGGCCGAGGUGGUGGUCCCCAGCUACGGGUACUUCAUCAGGGGGGCCCAGACCACCUUCAGCGGGGUCCUCAGAGAUCGCCAGUGGAAGUACAUCUUGUGCAGGAUGACGGAUUUCGACUGCGAGUUUGAGAAUCUGUGAACGCCGAGUCGACUCAGAUGUUUGGUCACUUCAUCCAAGCGGCCCUGGCUCGCGCUCUGUCCUGGAGGACAGAAGUCCACUUUCUAAUAUCAUAUGGAGGCGCUUCAUAGAAAUAUCCGUACACAUUAGACAUUAUAGACUUAAUAAAAUCCUAUAUUGCAUUAUACAGUCAAUGUUUAUUGAAUAAACCAGAAAUCCA